GGGCUGGAUUUGCAUAUGUUAUUCUAACACUAACCGUUUCUUCUGCUUUGUCAUGUUAGUGAAAUCCCACAGCAUAAUACAUACUCCAGAAAAACUCAGUGAAGAUCUCCUCCAAGAGCAUCCAGGGUUGGAUAUUUUAAUGGAAAAUCAAUUGAGGCAGCUUUCUGAGGGAGUUCUGGUACUUUCCAGAAGCUGGGCUGUUGAGGUUGGCUUGCCAUUAAACCAAGACAUAACUUGUGAUGUUCUCCUAAUAGCCAAGGAUAGGCCACCUAUGCUCUAUACGAUCUGUAAUCAUCAUAUCUCAAAGGAUUUGUUUGAAUACUCAAGACACAUAGCCUGGAGGCUGAAAAAGAAAUUAGUCAGCGCUGGGGGCUAUAUUCACAAAUGGUGUGUAAUACCAAAGCUACUGACUUUGCCUCCCAAAAUUAACUGUGGAAAAGAAUGGGAUCUGAAUAUUCAAGAAAUGUAUCCCCAAAACUACAGCCUAAUCAACAGUGACAACUUGAAGGCCCUCUUUCAUGCUCUCACAGUAGCUCUGCUGACUUUCAAGUCCUUUUUAAGUGACCAUGUUAGUUCUGAGUUUUUGAACCUCUUGACCAUCAAACAAUACCAGCUGCUGUCAGAAAAUCCCAAAACUAAGCAGCUGUAUGUUUAUGGUCUACUAGGAACAGGAAAAACUAUAGGCCUGAAGAUCAUAAAGAAAAUAAGAAUUAUGCUGCAGUGCACACAAGAGGAAGUUCUUUAUGUAUGUGAGAACCAGCCUCUGAGAGAUUUUGUGCGGCAGAAAAACAUUUGCCAAGCUGUGACAAGAGUAGCCUUUUUGAAGGCAAGCUUUAAUGAUGUGAAGCACAUAAUUGAUGAAGCACAGAAUUUCUGAGAUAGGGAGGGUGAUUGGCAUAACAAAGCCUUGACUCUGACUUCAUCACAUCUCCCUGAGCCCAGCUUUUUCUUGAUUUUUCUUGGACUACUUACAGACAAGUCACUCCUCCUCAACUGGUGUUCCAGAAGCAGCAUGGCAUGAUCCUGUCAAGUCACUUCAAGCGGUUUGUAAUGCUAACAGUAUCUAUAGCUAUCUAAAAGACAAUGUGGAAAUUAUUAUAAAGCACUCUACCCUAAAUAUUCCUAACCAGCAUUUGGAAAGGUUAGUAUGCAGAGCCACAUGUGCUCAUGCUGUGCAAGGCUGUAUUGAAAAAGUAAGCAAGCUAGACAGAAAUAGAAUAGCAAAUUAUGUGGCAGAAUGUUGUCGUACAUAUCUUAAAAAGGGUUACUCCAAGAAAGAUAUUGCUGUUCUGUGCUACAGAGAUGAAGAAGGUGGAAUACUAGCAUCAGAAAUGAAACAGUCAAAGUCAAAUAUAUCAUUAAGUAAAACAGAGGGAGGACUAGAGGAGCAUGCUAUUCUUGACAGUGUCUGUUGUUUCUCUGGCUCAGAAAGCAGCAUUGUGUUUGGUAUUAUUCCUCAAUCCUUUCCAUUUCAGAAAGAAAUUUUAAGAAAUAUAUCGGUCUGUGUAGCAUCCAGAGCUAAUUUAAACCUACACUUGUUAUUUGGGAACUGAGAACAGGUAACCACACAGGAUCCCAACAAGGCCCUGACAGGUCAAUGGUUACGUAUGUUUGAAAUUUUUUUACUCUAUAUCUGAAGUAGAAGGAUUUCCUUUGUAAUGUCUAGUCCUCUCUAAAAGCCCAGACCUUCUUGGGAAGCCUCUACAGUCUGUUUUAAAUCAAAUGUAAGGUUUCAAUAAUGCAGAGAAAAGAGAUACUUUGAAUGUCAGUAGAAUUACAUCAUUCCCUGAAGGCUCCUUUCAAGGACUUGCAAAACCUGACGCUCAGCCUUUGACUGCAGGCAGGUGCAUUGCCAAGUGAAAGCCACUCUGCUGAGACAGGAAACUGGAAGACCUGCUGGCUUUCACCAGCUCACUCCCACACUCACAGUACUGCUCAGAAAAGUUACCAAACAGCAUGGGCAUCUGGUGUUAGAAGCCAUUUUUUUUUAAGACAGCCUCUAUUCAGAUAUCUAGGAAAGUAAAAAUGGGGCCUUCUCUCCAUGUUUCAGCUAAGAAAUACAUAUAAAUGGCUUUUACAGAAGCCGUUUCCCCACUCAAUUUCAGCAACAGUCAGUAUGGGUUAGAAGAACCCAGUUGCUCCAAAGAGGAGCUUUAGUGGGAGAAGGAAAACUUUGCAUAACCGCCCUUAGAUACCAGUGGCAUUUUUUGUCUUGGUUUCAGACAUGCUGGUUAGAUAAAACUCUCUAUAGAGUUAGAUGCAAAAUACUUUUGAAAGACAGAUCCAAAAUUCCUGAAGCUAGGUAUCUAAAACUGAAGGCUGGUUGAAAACAAACCAUAUUGUUUUCCACCACAGAAUGACCUGUGGGCCAUUUGGUUUGGAAGAACAGGCUGAUAUCCUCUGAGUGUGAUUAUAAAGCAGCAGUGAUUUGACUGAAUGUGGUUACAAUAAGGAGAAAACAUUGUACAGAGCUGGAAUCACCCUCCAAAUAAAUUUGCCUUUAGGUUGUCAAACCUAUUAGCUUAAAAAUUCUUGCUUUUCUAACUUCAGGAAGCUAGAGGCACUUUCCAUUUUUUUUUCCUUAAUUAACAUACAAGGAGAGACUAUCCCAUGGUUCCUUUCACAACCCCCAAACCUCAACACUUAAUCAUGCCGUGCC